AUGCCUCACCGUGUCGAACUCAGUCCCUCUAAUCGUGCUGGCUGUCAGAACAAAGAAUGUAAGGAUGCCAAGGUGAAGAUCCCGAAAGGCGCCCUGCGCGUGGGCACUUGGAUUGAUACCGAGAGAAUCCAGGCCUGGAUGUGGCGCCACUGGGGCUGUACCUCUCCUACUGUGAUUCAGAACAUCAAGAAUGAUCUGCAGGAGGGAGACGAGUCUGAGGAAGUCGACCCGACUCUUUUGGAUGGCUUCGAUGAGAUCCCCGAGGAACUUCAGGACAAGGUCCGUCGUGCAUUUGAGCAGGGUCAUGUCAAUGAUGAUGAAUGGAAUGGCGACGUUGAAAUGAAUCGCCCUGGCUGCCGCUUUUUCCGUGUCCCAAAGCCCCGUGGAAAAAAGGCUAAUGCAACUGAUGACGAACUGAACGAUGACUCAAAGAGCCCCAAGAAGGCUGGAAAGCCUAAGGCUACCAAUGAAGAUGAUGAGAACGUUGAUGAGAAGCCCAAGAAGGGUCGCGCCAAGAAGGCUGCUCCUAAGGCAAAGGACAACGAUACCGAGGACGAUGGCGAUGAUGAGCCAAAGAAGCCUGCUCGGGGUCGCAAGAAGACCGUCAAGGCUGAUGAUGCCAUCAAGGAUGCCACCGAGGAGAACGAAAAUGAUGAGCCAAAGAAGCCUGCCCGCGGUCGCAAGAAGGUUGUCAAGGCCGAUGCCGAAAAUGUGGAGAAUGGCGAUGCUGAGGUGAAGAAGCCCGCUCGAGGCCGCAAGAAGGCCGUUAAGGCCGAUGCCGACAAGGAGGAGAACGACAAUGAUGAGCCCAAUAAGCCUGCCCGUGGUCGCAAGAAGGCCGUCAAGGCCGAUACUGCAAAUGGGGAAAACGGUGAUGCUGAGGUGAAGAAGCCUGCCCGAGGUCGCAAGAAGGCCACCAAAGUUGAUACUGAAGAGGAGAAGCCUGUCGAAAACGCCGAGGACACCGAGGCUACCAAGGAGACAACUACCGAGACAGGCAAUAUCGAUGCUGGCGCCGAGGCUGACGUUGAGCCCCAGAAGACUGAGCCCAAGAAGCGUGCUCGCGCUCCUAAGGGCACUAAGCGCAAGGCUGCUGAUGCCGACAAGGAGGGCGAGGAAGCUGCCGCUGAGGACAAGCCCAAGCCCAAGCGUCGUCGCGGAAAGGCUGCCGCCACUACCAAUGCCGAGGGUGAUGAGGGAGAAGAUACCCAGUGGACUCCUGCUCAGAAGCCCAACUCCAAGCGCGAUGCACGCAAGGCCGAUACCUUUGCCGAUACCCCUGCGGACAUCCCUGACGGUGACCUUGUGGACACCUCUGCUGACGACUAA